CCUCGUUUCGGCGGUGCGGGUUCAAGCGUCUUCUUCGGCGGAGUCGCGUGGUCGGUCCGCCUCGCCGGAUCAGAAGGGUGGUCCUUUCGCGGUUACCCUCGCCGGUCCACCUCGUCCACCUCGCUGGGCAGGAGUUCCUAAAACUCCAACUCCGGUUGUCACAAAGGAAGUAUCCUGUGCAAAAUAAAUAUCGCACUCGUACUAUUGCAAUCAUGCAUUACAAAUUUUUUUCUAAAAGUAAAUCCGCAUUACCACCUCAUGCUGGGGAAAUUUGCAAUGCAUUUCUUCGAGUGCGAUACUUUUGCAAUGGAUAGGAAGUACUAAACGAUGCCGAGCGGCGGCUGCGACGCCGGAUUGAAGAAAAUCUAGAGCGAAUAUGCCAGCUGAAGGGAAAAGCGCGGGAACUGGAACGCAAGGUGAAGGAGCGGAACCCGACACGGGGCAAAAAAAAAGGCCAGCUGAUUGCUGGUAUGGGGGCGUCGCCCGCGGUCUGCGGUGGCCUAAACACCCUUGCCGCGACAACUGUGCAUAGUUACCCUACCCCCGUUGCAAGCACCUGCUUUGGCGGUUGUGCCGUUGGGGGGGCCGCUGCGGUUGUUGUGGGCUGCGGAAUGGGUAUUGUAUAUGGGGCGCAGGAGUUUCGGUGGAGCCGUCAAGGGCAAAGACUC